AUGUGCUCCCUCACUAGUCCUGCCCAGGACGCGCCGGAUGAGUCGUCGCCUGCCCAGGACGUGCUGGAUGAGUUGUCGCCUGCCCAAGAUGCGCCGGAUGAGUCGUCUCCUGCCCAGGACACACCAGAUGAGUCGUCGCCUUUGGCGUGGGGAUGCCCACCCGAGGAAUUGGUGGGUAUCGUACUGCCUGAGGAGGUGCAUGCCGAAGAUACCCUGAAGGAGCUGCCUGCCCAGGAAGAACCGGAGGAACUACCUGCCAAGGAUACCCUGGAGGAGCUGCCUGCCCAGGAAGGAUCGAAGGAUCUACCUGCCGAGGACGUGCAGGAGAAGCAACUGCUGCCUGCCGAGGACAUGCCGGACGGGCCUUUCCUGCCCGAGGACAUGCCGGACGACCUGCCUGCCGGGGACCAUGCCGGAAAGGAGCUGCCUGCCGAGGACAAGCCCGGGGGGGCUGCCUGA